AUGAACGACCCCGGCCUCGAUGAUGCUAUCGCCGAUCAGGCUGAUAUGCUGGACAAGUCUUCAAAUGGGCAAGCAGAUAAGAGUAUCACUUCCAACGAGAAACAGGGUGGUGCAGAUGCAGAAGUCCAUCAUGCAGCGCGGUGGUGGUUGGCCAGUACUGCAUAUCCGUUGGCAGCAGGCACAUUUGGGCCCAUGGCCAGUGCUUUCAGCGUGUGCUCUCUGUCACAGCCAUGGCGAAUGGAACUUGGGGGUAAGGAGAUUGCCGAUCCGAAAUGGUAUGCUCACAUCGCCCUGCUUGUUUUGUGUCUAAGGCUAACAUAUAUCAGGGUCACCGCAAUCAAUGCAAUUUCCUUGGCCUUUGCUCUCAUAGCCAACCUGUUUCUGUCUUUAAAUAUGGCCCGCAAGAUUCGCUUCGAGGUUGCCCAGCCGAUCAUAAUCAUUGGUUGGUACAUUUCAUCAGCACUCCUCAUCGGCAUUCUCAUUCCUGUCGGGGUGUUGAUGUACAAUUCGGAGAACAACGGACGCAUCUAUGCACAGAGCUACUUCUAUGGAGCCUUCGCCGCUGGUUUAUACUUCAUCAUCUCGUCCCUCCUCAGUGUGACGGCAUAUGGGGCUUAUAAAGGCCACUUUGAACGAGAAUUCAAAUUGACCAACAGCCAGCGGACACUCAUGCUACAAACAAUCAUAUUCUGCAUGUAUCUGCUUCUAGGUGCCGAGGUCUACGCUACUGUAGAAGGAUGGAGAUUCUUAGAUGCCGUCUAUUUUGCCGACUAUACCCUGCUCACCAUUGGUGUCGGGAAUUAUGCCCCCGCGACGCAUGUUGGUCGUGGUCUCCUCUUCCCAUACGCAAUCGGUGGAGUUCUCAUCCUGGGUCUGAUCGUCUCGUCCAUCCGGACUCUGAUGCUCGAGCGUGGCCGACAAAAAAUCGCCGACCUUCUCAUGGAGCAUACACGCCGACUUUUCGUCAAGCAAGCUGCUUCCAGUCGCAAUCGUUUGCAGGGUUUCCUUCCAGAUCUAUCUGCCGCGAAUGACGAAAACACCGAUAUCAGCGAGCGUGAACGACAGAAACUAGAGUUCAUCACUAUGCGUCGCAUACGCCAGGUAUCCACCGUCCAGUAUAAGUGGGUAUCCCUUCUCAUCUCGAUGGUGGUGUGGAUGGCGCUCUGGUUAAUAGGCGCCGUUGUUUUCUGGCGCUCCGAAGACAAGCGUGACUGGACGUAUUUCCAGUCGCUCUACUUCGCCUACACAACCCUCUUAACAAUCGGAUACGGCGAUAUCUACCCAAUCAGCAGUCUAGGCAAAGCAUUCUUCGUCUUCUGGUCCCUCCUCGCCGUACCGACAAUAACCAUCCUCAUAUCCAACAUCGGCGACACACUCAUCUGCUCCAUCCGCGAUCUAACCAUCUUCCUCGGCGAAAUAACCAUCUUACCCGGCGACGCGCCCUUCCUCGAGCGCAUCCGUGACGUACUACACGUCUCAUGGCGCGAGCGGCGAGAGAGAUGGUUACAAGAAAUCACCGGCGAGCACGACAACGCACAGGAGAUUUUCAGCGAAUCGGCAACGCCGAACGGAGAAAGGGAAAGAAACCCCAUGCCAACGCCACCACAUUGCGCCAAACGAGCCGCCCUCGAAGCAGAAGAGCAUAAAAGGGAAGAAUUCGCCCGAGCGCGCGGCGAUGUCGCGGCCGAAAACGUGCACCACUAUCAUUACCUCCUCUUUCGAGAAAUCCGCACCAUGCUGGAAUAUGCGCGCAGCAAUGUGAACAAGGAGUUCGAUUAUAUUGAGUGGGAGUAUUAUCUUUCUCUUAUUUCGGGGGAGAGACAUAAGCCCGCUGCUGUUAGCCCGGAUGCGCUGAGCGAGAGGCAGAGGGAUGAAGACCCGGCGCAGAAGACUCAGGGGUGGAGCUGGAUUGAUAACAAAAAUCCGUUGGUUGGGGAGAAGAGUGAGGUUCAGUGGUUACUGAAUGCGUUGACGGAUGCUUUGGAGCGAGAGUUAAAAACUGCUAGUCGGGCCUUUCAUUCACCGAAUGAAAGUGAGGUUGAAGUGAAGAUGAUUGAUUCUCCUACUGGCAGUUCCUAG